UUACGCCCACUCAUCCCUCCCACAAGCGGCUGCGUAAUGCGUCACUGCGCUUGCGUAGAGUCGUGACGCCAGUCUCGCGUGAGGAGACGCGGUGUUGGGCUUUUCUGUGGGACUGGGAAGCUGCUGGGAGCCUGCACUUGACAGCUUAUCGGGAGGUAACAAGAAAUGCAAUCUAUGGAAGAUGCUGAUGGUCACUGCAAGCUUCUAAUUGAACCCAAUUCAGCCGAAGCAUGUCAGUUCCAAGAAGAGCUCAUAUAGCGUCUGUCAACGAGGAACUAGAUGUAGCUUGAGUCGGAACAGAAAUUAUUUCUGCUUUCAGUUUCAUGUUAUUAUAAGUCCCUCACGCAUAAGACCUUAGAAAGGUAAUACAAGGACCUAAGGAAUAUGAGUGAUGACAGACCUUUUGUAUGCACUGCCCCUGGAUGUGGCCAGCGUUUUACUAAUGAAGACCAUUUGGCUGUACAUAAGCAUAAACAUGAGAUGACGCUAAAGUUUGGACCUGCUCGAAACGAUAGUGUAAUAGUUGCAGAUCAAACACCAACACCAACUCGGUUUUUAAAAAAUUGUGAAGAAGUUGGUUUGUUUAAUGAACUUGCAAGUCCGUUCGAAACUGACUUCAAAAAGGCCUCUGAUGAUGACAUAAAGAAGCUGCCCUUAGAUUUGUCUCCUCUUGUAACACCGGUUAUAAGGAGCAAAAUCGAGGAGCCUGUCAUAGUAGAAACGACGCAUCAAGACAGUCCAUUACCUCACCCAGAGUCUACCACAAGUGACGAAAAGGAAGUGCCAUUGCCAGCCGCACAACCCACAUCUACCAUUGUACGCCCUGCGUCUCUUCAGGUUCCUAAUGUGCUGCUUACAAAUACAGAUUCAAGUGUCAUUAUUCAACCGGCAAUACCUUCACCAACAUCCAGCACUGUAAUCACGCAAGCCCCUCCAGCUAGCAGACCAAUAGUACCAGUUCCAGCUCCUUUUCCUCUAUUGUUACAUCUUCCUAAUGGACAAACCAUGCCUGUUGCUAUUCCUGCCUCAAUCACAAAUUCCAAUGUACACAUACCUGCUUCAGUCCCACUCGUUAGACCCGUCACCGUGGUGCCUACUAUUCCAGGGAUCCCAGGGCCUGCUUCCCCACAACCUGUCCAGUCAGAGGCAAAACUGCAGCCUUCUUCAUAUUCAUAUUUACAGAAACGCAAGAAUACGUGUCACGUGUCAAAAAAAAGUGAGCGGAAUUGUCUUAAAGGAGAAAGAAAGAGACUAAAAGCUGCAUUGACUCAACAGCAGAAUCCUCAGGUAACAAAUGGCGAUGCAACAAAGGGACAAGGCAGCGGAACUGCAAAGAGUCAGCCAGAGGAAGCUCAGCCUCAUUCACUGCAGCAGCCUGCAACAUCCACUACAGAAACACCGGCAUCUCCUGUUCCCCCCGCUCCACAAACUCAAAGCACAGGGGGGCGCCGGAGAAAAGCAGCAAGCGAUGACCCAGAUGAGAAAAGGAGGAAGUUUUUAGAACGGAACCGCGCAGCUGCUUCCAGGUGCCGGCAGAAGAGAAAAGUUUGGGUGCAGUCUCUAGAGAAGAAAGCCGAGGACCUCAGUUCUUUCAAUGUGCAGCUACAGAAUGAAGUCACCCUGCUGAGAAAUGAAGUGGCGCAGCUGAAACAGCUUCUUCUGGCUCAUAAAGAUUGCCCUGUAACCGCGAUGCAGAAGAAAUCUGGCUAUCAUAAUGCUGAAAAAGAUGAGAGCUCAGAAGACCUCUCCGUUCCUAGCAGCCCUCAGAUGGAAGCAAUCCAACACAGCUCAGUCAGCACUUCCAACGGCGUCAGCUCUACAUCUAUGGCCGAAGCAAUAGCCACGUCAGUUCUCUCCCAGAUGGCCGACCAGAGUACAGAACCAGCAGUCUCUCAAGUUGUAAUGGCUCCGCCUCCUGCCCAGUCAUCAGGAAGUUGAUUAAAACACCUCUGUGGCAUCAGGGCUUAGUAGUCACCAUUGACUUUAGGGGGCAAACCAUUGAAAGGCCAAUCUUUAUUCUAAAGGUUGCGAAAGCCUUGUUGUUGUGGGUUUUUUUUAUUUGUUUUGUUUAUUUUUGUGUUUUUAUUUUAACAAAAACCACUGAAGAGCAGGUCCUACUCUUGUUCAGGAAGAUUAUUAUUCUUUUUGGAAAAAAAUAUGUACUGGUCUCUGUCCCUAAUCAUACACACUGUUCCAGUAGGGCAAGAGACACUUUGCAAUGUGAUACUCUUGUUUUAGGAGAUAUCACAGUGACCUUUUAAAAUCUCAUUGUAGAGGUUGUGCUAUGAAUGCUUUGUGACAUUUAUACCAAAGUUCUGCCUAGUCCCUUGUGACCUUCUCGGCAAGGUCAUAACGCACUAAGCAGGAGCGGAAAAAAGACAAGAUCUUUUUUGCUUUUAAUCUUUUUUUGCCUUUAUUUUGCACAUUUGAAGGAGGAGAAUCUUGGGGGCAGAAUUUCAUAAAUGUAUUUAUAUAUAUAUUUGUUUUCUGUAAGCUAUUUUGUUUUAUUCUCUUAUGUCUAAUUGAAACUGCACAAGUUAUAGCCGACAUCCUACGAACUUUCUAUAGGUCGGUCACCUCACUUCAGAACUGUAAUAUAUAAAAAAAAAAAAGGAAACUGUUUGCUCUUUAUUUGCAAGAAGAUGUAGUAAAAGUGCAAUUCUUUCAUUUUAGUGCUUUAUUUGGGCAAGCCUUUCUAAAAUUAGUGAAAACCCCAUACUGUGCAGUGUUAGUUUGCUAGUAACUGAGUAGAAUAGUUUUUUGAAAAUCUGCAUAUUUAUGUGCUUUCACUAGCGUCCCAAUCGGCCAUAUUCCCAUGAGGGAUGACUGCCAGUAAAAAAAAUAUGUACAAACGCUAACAUUGGACAACUCAAAACAUAUUUUGCCAUUGUGUUUGCGAGCUACCUUGUACUGAAUUAUUGUGUAAGCAACGUCAUAUUUCAGUAGCAAAAUUUUGAUACCUUUCUUGUGGAGAAACAAAUCAGUAUAUAUAUAUAUAUAUCUUGCAAAGGUUAAUAUAAUGUGAGUGUGCAUCCAGGGUAGCAGGGGGGGUGGGGGGGUGGAAAAGGGAUCAUAGGGGGUGAGAAUGGAUCCGUAGUUUUCCAGCAAACUAUGCUUGAAUGUUUUAAAGAUGCCUUCGAUGUUCCGCUGGUUUAUAGCAGAUUGCAGAUCAUACAAGGAAAAUCUUCUGUAUGUUAUUUGCUAACUUAACAUUCCAUGAUGUCGUCUAUGAGCGUGGAGCUGAUUGUAGGGUACACAUUCUCACUGUCCGCUCGAACGCCGGAUAUUGAGUCUUCUCGACGUGCCAUUGUCUAUUCUGAUUCAACAUGCAAUAUUUCAAAGUAGUCUCACUAUAGAAAAGCAAGUGUUUACAUGGUUGUUGAACCACAUCUCUCUUACAGGAUUUAAAAAAGCUUAUUUGCAACAAUGCUCUUUUUUUUUUUUUUUCCUGUCUAUAAUCCAAAACACUCAUGAAUUACUCAGCAAAUAAAUAUAUAUAUUUUAAUCUAAAUUAAAUAAUUUAUUGGGUAUUUUAGACUGAAAAAAAAGUUUAAAAAAGAAGUCCAUCUAUUAAGCUGUCCAUAUAUGAGUUAAUCAGAAAUGAUCUUAUUUGAGGACAAUGCACUACAUUUCUUUUUUUCUCUAAACAAUCCCUGCCAGGGAUAUUCAGCACGUUAAACACAGAUUAACCUCUGUGGUACAAAAUGUGAAUUCUGCAGGACAGCUUUAGCUUCAUGUUAAAGGGGGGGGGGUUGCAAUUAACUAAUAAUUAGAAAGAAAAAUAUUCCUGGCGAUAAUGCAAAGUAUGUUCGUUUUUAUUUAUACAUUUCAAUGUUUUUUUUAUUUAUUAUGAAAUGAUUUCAACUUGUAAAUGAAUCUCGUGACUUGUAAGUGUGAAGAGAAAAUGUUCAUGGUGAAUGAUUAAUGAUCAAAUUUUGCAAAAAAAAAAAAAAAUGGGAAUUUGUGUUCAGCCAAUAAGGAAACUGAAUGGUUAUACAAUUUCUGAGUCUCAACUUUGUCACUGUCUGUAUGUCACCCUUUCAGAUCUUUGGAUUUAGCAUUUCACAGACUGUACAGUUUCAUUUCCAGUACAGUUUGCAUGAGAAAAUCAUGUAUGAAAUAAAAUCUAUUAUUUAA